GAUAUUUGUAUUGUAGAGUAUAUUUCACCCGCAAGUUCUUACACCAUACUAUUUUAAAUUCUGAAGAAACUUUAUUUAUUAAUUAAAACUCUAAUAAAUUAAUUAUUGUCAUAUUUCUGUAUUAUAUUAUAUAACGAAUAUAAAUAUGAGUCUUUUCUUGAAGCCAGAGCAUAUACUCCAAGGGGGUUACUUUAAUGCAACAUUGCGAAAACUUCAGGAACCUAACACUAGUAUUGAACCUCAUAAUAUUAUGUACCCCGUGUUCUUGCUAGAAGAAGAAGAUGCAAUACAGGCUGUGACUAGCAUGCCAAAUGUGUACAGAUAUGGUAUCAACAGGCUAAUUCCUGCCCUUGAAGAGUUGGUGAGAAAAGGCCUCAAGUCUAUUCUCAUUUUCGGGAUUGUUACUGCCUUGCCAAAGGGACCAGAAGGCAAAAGUGCAGAUUCCCCUGAAAACCCAGUAGUCAAAGCCUUGCCAAAGAUUCGUGCAGCAUUCCCUGAUCUACUGAUUGCAUGUGAUGUCUGUCUCUGUCCAUACACAUCCCAUGGACACUGUGGCGUGUUAACAGACAGUGGUGCUAUUGACCAUGCUGCUUCUGUAAAGAGGAUAGCAGAAGUUGCUCUUGCUUAUGCUAAAGCAGGUGCCCAUGUGGUAGCCCCGUCGGACAUGAUGGAUAACAGGAUCAAGGCAAUAAAGGACGCGCUAGUUGCCAACAGGCUGGAGAAUCAGGUGUCAGUGCUGUCGUACUCGUGCAAGUUCGCGUCGUCAAUGUACGGCCCGUUCCGUGACACGAUGAAGAGCUCGCCGAUGGAAGGCGACCGCAAGUGCUACCAGCUGCCGCCGGGCAGUGCUCACCUCGCCGCCAGGGCCGCGGCUCGCGACGUUGCAGAGGGUGCUGACUUCUUGAUGGUGAAGCCUGGCCUUCCCUAUUUGGAUAUCGUCCGGCAGACAAAGGACCAAUUCCCCCACCAUCCGCUAUUCAUAUAUCAAGUGUCCGGCGAAUACGCGAUGCUAUCGCGCUCUAACGACAGCGGAGAGCUCGAGACGACACUAAUGGAAGUACUUAAAUGCAUGAGGAGAGCUGGAGCAGACUGCAUCAUUACUUACUUUGCUCCACUGGUUCUUAGCAUAAUAUCAAAAAAUUAAUCAGAGAUAUUGUUUGUUAAUGAAUUAUAUAUAUAUAUAUAUAUAUAUACACUGGUUUAGAUGGCUAUAUUGUAAAAACUAUUGUUUUGCUCAAUAAUUUUAGUAGUUAUGAGUACAUAGACUGUUGUAAUGUUUUUAUAAUAAAAUAUUAUUUUGGUUUAUA